AUGAAAAAAAAUAUAUUGAUUGACCAUGAUUAAUCAAUACCACUUCAAUAGACUAUAUUUAGAAAUAAUGUCUCUGUAUUACCUUUACUAGUUAAGAAAAAUAGCAUGGGUUUAGUUUUAGAAAACAUUCCAAGAACAUAAACAUUUUCAAGAUAAAUGCAAUAAUCAUGUCUUAAUGAUAGUGUCUAAUAAUCUAGAACCCCUACCAUGAAAAAUGAUUCAUUGUAUGGUAAUAUUUUUAAGAAGCCAUCUGUUAUUAAAAAAAAACCAUUUGUAUUAAUCAAACCUGAAAAUGAUUUUACAUGGCCACUUUUCAAAAUAAAAAAUGAUCCAUUAAUUAAAUAAUUUUGGGAUAGAAGAGCAUAAAAGGAUUCUGAUAAAAAUUGGAUAUUUGAUGAUUAUUUAUUUGCUAAUAAUAUGUUGAGAAUAGGGAAAAAGAAAAAAAUUGUUAAGGGCUAUUAUUAUAGAUUAAGCCAUUCUGGAUUAUUGAUGUACUAUAAAAAAGUAUUAAUAUAAUUAAAUUAAAAGGAGUCAGAUAAAUUACCGAAAGGAUUCUUAUAAUUGAACAUGUAAAUAAGAAUAGUUGUAAGUUUUCAAAAGACAAAAAGAAAUCUAUAAUUACCUGUAUUGUAUUUAGAAAAGAGUCAUGGUAUUGGAAUAACUAUUUUUGAUCACUUAAUUGAUCAAACAUUAAAAUUAGGUGAGUGCAUAUAAUAAUUUUGUUUAAUGAGAGGUUUUACUGUUUUAUACGAAUAACUAGAAUUAUUGGGAAGCGGGGCUUUUGCUUCAGUUUUUAAGGUAAGUCGAAAAAGAGAUGAAAAAUAUUUUGCAGCAAAAACAUAUUUCAAAUAAUUUUAUGACGAUCAUCCUCAAAAAGAAAGAUUGCUUGUAAAGAUAUUUAUUUAAAUUAAGGUUAGUCAAUGGUUUAUAAUGAAAUUACGACUCUAAAAAAUGUUGAUCAUUAAAAUAUAAUUAAAUUAUAUGAAGUAAUUCAAGAAAAAGAUAAACUGAUUUUAAUUAUGGAAUAUUGUGCUGGUGGAACAUUAUAUUCAUAUGUUAAAUAAAAAGUUAAAUUCAAUGAUAAGCAUUACGCUUAUAUAUUAAAGUAAUUAUGUGAUGCUCUAUCUGAAAUGCAUAGAUUAAACUUUGUACAUAGAGAUUUGAAAUUAGAAAAUCUCAUGUUAGAAUCAAAAGAUUAUUUAUAAUUAAAAUUGGUUGAUUUUGGUUUUUCUGAAGUUAUUAAUGAAAAAUAAUUGAUUAGUUAGGCUGGAACUCCUGGUUUUCUUCCUCCAGAAAUAUUUAGAUAAAUACCAUAUAUUGCUAAAAGUGAUAUUUUUAGUUUGGGAGUAAUUAUGUAUUUGGUAAGCAUUUAAUGUCAUUAAGAUUGUUGCUGGAUAUAUGCCAUUCAAAGCACCAACAGCCACAUAAAUCUUAGAGUUAAAUAAGAAAUGCUAAGUUAAUUUUGAUAAACCACCUUGGUAAGAUGUUAAUCCAGAUUUAAAGUAUCUAAUUAAAAAGAUGCUUGAAUUUAAAAUUGAAGAUAGAAUAAGUUGUUUAGAAAUUCUAGAUAGUCCUUAUAUUUUGCAUCAUUCUCGUUAGACAUCAGAAACUAAUUAUAAAUCAAAUUAAAUGUUAAGUGGACUUGAAUUGGAUAAGUCUAAUAGAUAAUCAAUGAAAAGUAUUAAAUAGUCAGAAUAAUCUAAUGAUAGAAGUAAAGAAUUUUAAUUAGAUUUUUCUAUUCAUACAAAUGAUAUAAAGUCAUUAUAUCAAAGAAAUUCUUAAAAAACUAAUAAAUCUAAUCGAUCUAUAAAUUCUUUAGCUAAAAAUUCAUCUUAAAAAAAGAUAUCCAGAUCAGUGCCAAAAGAAUGUUAACUCUCUAAAUUUUAGAGCACGAAAAAAGUUGAAGAUUAAGAAUCAAAUUAAAGUCAAAGUAAAAAAUAGAAUUCUUUUGGAAAUGUAAUGAUAGGUAAAAAAAAUUGAUUAUUUUUUUAUUAGAAUAAGAACAAAAGAUUAUAACAUUUGAAGACACAGACUCUUUGAAAUUAGAAUAAAUUCUAUAUUUAAAAAGGGCUGGGUUAGAAUUUAAUAAAAUAAAAAAACCAGUUGUUUAACCUUCCAACUAAGAAAACUGA